CGUUAUAUACUGUGCCUGUGCCUUGUUCUCCAUCAUCAACAUCCUAUUCUCCCGGCCCAGCAGCAAUAUGUAUCCGCAAUCUCACCACAGCUCAGACCCCGCCGACGCGACGCCCGGCCGGUCCAGCUCGCCGGUCGGCGUCAGCAUUGGCAUCGCAGUAGCGGUUGUUGCCGUUGUAGCCGCAGGCUGCUGCUGCGGCUGCUUCGUUUGGAGGAGGAGGAAGCCAAGGGCGAGCCGCCGAGUCCCUGUGCCCGUCGACGCGGAGGCGGAGGCGCCCGUCCGUCGUUUCCCGGCGCCGGCCGUUGAGCUCGCCGUCGAAGUCGACAUCUCCUCCUCGUCUUCUUCCGCGACGGAGCUCCCCGUCGGCGGCGAAGAAGCCUGUCGGAUGUGCACUCGUUCGGUCGGCCACGAAGAACAGCCAGAGAUUUUGCAUUGCGGGCACAGCUUCCACCGGCGGUGUAUCCGGCGGUGGCUCCGGGUCAACCUGGCGUGCCCGGUCUGCAACAGCACGCAGAUCGGGCUUUCCGGCGAAGUAGACGGGGAGGCGAGCCCUCCUAGGCAACGGCAUCUCCGGAGCAGCAGCGAUGUUGAGCUGCCUGCGGCCAGUGCAGAUGACAGCGUCACCGCCACCGCCCGCUGGAGCUUCCAGAGUUCCAGGCAUAAUUUCGCACCAGACAUCGAGUAGAAAUUCAUCGCCGAAGGAUCCAAGCCCAAUUGACCGCUGCAGCAUAGCAAUGCUUAGUAUUCCGUAGUAGCAUAUCCUCUUGUGUACUCCAUCUCGUUUUUCACUUCUCCAGUCAUCCAGAGCAGUAGUUUAUUUCAUCAGCAGAUGUAUGUUCAGAAAUGAGAACGGCACCAGGAAUUGCAAGUAUGGAACACCUAAGUACCUAACAUGAGUAAAAUGAAAAUGAGUUUGUUGAUUGGCCAGUUUAA